AUGCCGCGCGAAAACAGGACCAUACGACGUCCUGCUGCACAGCUAAAAAGGAGGCCUGCGGCCGCGACGAUGUGUUCGUCAAUAUCUUAUGAACUGCCACGUGCUGUCGUCGUGAAUUUGCCCCGCAGGGCGGACCGUUGGCGGGAAGUGCGGCAGCGAUUGGAUGGAAUUGAAGGUUUGAAGUUUGACAGGAUGCAAGCCGUGGACGGCCAGAAAGAACAAAUUCACACCCGAGAAGUAACGAAAACAUGGUCUACUGCAAAGAACUGGCAUUAUGUGACGAGGGCCUUCGAGGGGGGAGCAGAAUGUGGAUACACAGUCAAGGAGCUAUGCCUCAGCGAAGGAGAGCGUGGCUGCGCAGCAUCGCACGUAAAAGCAUGGAGGGCUUGCGCUGCCAGCAGAAAACCGUUGAUGGUUUUCGAGGAUGAUGCAAAGCCACAUCCCAAAUUUAAGACCGUGUUAUGCCAAGCCAUGCGCGAUUUGCAUGGCCAGGAGCCAGAUAUUCUGUACUUGGGAUAUUCAAAGGCAGCACCAUGGCGCCGAAAAGUCAGUGCCGUAGUACGAGAAGCAGAGUAUCUCUGGACAACAGUUGCGUACGUGUUGUGGCCCACUGGCGCAUCAGUGCUUUUGGGAUCACUGCCUGUCAACCAGCCUGUGGACAAUUUCAUCGCUGAGCACAUGGCCGGCAACAAAUUGCGAGCAUUCGCUACAGUACCCAAAAUAGUAAGCCAAGCAAGACCAUGGAAUGUGGAAAAUGAUGUCCUGCAUUCCGACGACGUGGCCUGGGUGCAAAACCAACAGCUUGCUGCGGGGAAAAGCCGAAGGAAGUUUGCGGAGUAUGUGAGGGAGAGGCUGCCGCUGCAGCCCUUUUUGCAUUCGGUCGUGGAGACGCCGGAUGCAUGCGCACUUCUUGGAGGAUGCGUUGCUGCCCGCUUUCAUUUUGGACGCGGAGCUCCGCAUUACAGCAUGGAAUACAGCGGCCGUUCAGGCACCCUGAAGUGCAGUGCAGCCACUUCCCUGGCAGCUGGGGAGGUCAUUGGCAAAUUCUUUGUUGACGUCUUGCUGGCGGAGGCAGACGCAAAUGCUAUUGCAGAGCUCCAGCUGGCCAAAACACUGCAGAGGCCUUUCAUCCAUGUGGUGUUUCCUUCGCCCGGAGCAUCGGCAUCCAGGCUACACUUGGUGGCCUGCCAGAGGAACGGAGAAUUUUCGGGAUUCAUUGGCUUCGCCAUUUCCGGCGACGCAGAGCACCCCACUCGGCAAGUUUUGUGUAGUGCAGUUGCUCCCAACAGCUUUGCGAAGGUCAAGCUGCGCCAUGUGCAGCAUUGGAGUAUCAGGGGAGAUGUUGCGCUGCAAUGCGGCAAUGCUGAGGCGGAUGGACGUGAUGGGUUGACGGCCGAUGCAAAGCUCACAGGCAUGGAGGAUGGCCUCCUCCGCACUUUCCAUGCCAGCUUGGCUGAGCCAGACCUGGCCCGUCGCAGAGAGGUGGCACUGGCUGCACGCUGCCUCGACCGAAGCAGCCUUGGAUACAAGGGCGUCGAUGCCCUUGGCGAGGUUUCCUGGUCGGAGGCAGAGAGCCUCCUCGAGGCUGACGUCUCCUUGCUCCGAGCGCAGCUUGGUGCAUCAGCCAUCUGGGAUCCAGAUCUUUCCGCGAGGCUCAGGCGUUGGGCAGCGGGUGGCGCCCGUGCCAUAGGAGCAGGCUUCUCGCAGGUCCGGCUGCCUCUGCUGGGCGGGGUGUUAGAGGCUUCUGGAGCCGUGGAGGGCGAUGGCUUGCAGAUUCUCACAAACGAGGCGUGGAGCCGCGGAACUUCCGUGGCCCAUGUUUGGGUCUAUCGCUUUCGACGACCAACUGCGGCUGCAGCACACUUGAGCUACCACCCAGCGCUUGCAGCGGAGUCGUGUGGUUUGCGAGCAGCGCUGCUCUUCAGGGACCCAGCAACUGGAGCGCAUCCAGAUGCCAACGAAGUCGUGGAAGUCCAGGUUCUGCUCGCAACCACCUGCCGCGCUAUCUCACCGCCAUCAGGGUUGCCUUUACCCGCGGCUGCAGCCCCAACCUCCUUGGAGAUGAGGCUGCGGCAGCGAGCUCUGGAAGUAAUGUCCGCGGAGGCCAGUGGCUAUUCAGCUCUUGCCGACAUCCUGCGCCGGGAUUUGGCGGACUUGGCGGCUUCUUCGGGCGUCGAGGUUCCUGGUGAUUCCUCCCUGCCGCACUUUGCUGUACGCCUGCAUGACCUGCCAAACUUGGAGGAGGCACCGGAGGGCCCAGAUAAGGUAUUUUUACCAGAUCAGCUCCUCGAUCACAGCAGCACAGGGCGAGCGUCGCUUGGUUGGGAGCAGAUGUGGUUUUCCAGAGAGCUGCACAUUGUGUCCUUGCUGUUGAGUCUUUGCUCAGGAACAUCGGCGGCUGCCAGCCGACAUCUCGAAACGGCAGCUCGUCCCAACUACGACGGGCUUCGUCAGAACGCCGAUCUUGCAGCUGCGCUGGCUGCAGCUCAGCGCCUCCUCAAGCAGGAUGUGAGCGAGGUGGUGAAGAGCAUGGAUGGCAUGGAGUCCCCCAGAGUCGGCCCAGCAGAACCUCCGAUGCAGCCUGACCAGCUGGCUUUGCAGCAAGGACUCCUUCAGUUGGCACGUGGUCUGGAUGCCAAAGCCCUUGUACAUAGUGGCGACAAAGUUCCCGUCAACUUGGCCGUCAAUCCAGACUACACGGUGAAUGUUAAGGUUGCGGGGGAGUCUCGCGCCUUCCAGUUGACAAGCAUCGAUGAGGCGCAUGCGCAUGUGCAUGAGAUACUCCAUGCUUCAGGCGUACCGACUUCCAACUCCAAGCUGCCAGUAGCUUCUAUGUACAUAGCUCGGGCAUGUACUGUAACUUUCUCGGCCGACCCCCCAGCUCGGAUGGAAGAGGGCAGGGUCAUGCCUUGA